AUGCACUCGUAUGAACACAGAGUCGGCAUUCCUCCUGUUUCUCUUCUAUUCCUCCUGGAGUGCCCCAAACUCGAAAUUGUCAAGCUGCCCACCUGUACCUGUCGAAACGACUUUGUUGAUUUGGUCGAGACCUUUCGAUCCUUGAAGGCUCUGCGGUCGUUGUUCUUCAACGUUCACUUGAGAGAGGAGCUCGAGUUCCUGUGUGCGCCUGAUGCUCACUCCGACAGGUUGCAACAAGCGACUGAGACCUGUAGUUCAUCUCCUCCUUCUUCGACCUUUGUGUUGAAUCAAGAUCCGCUGUCGGUGCCUUCGUUAGAACACCUGCACAUUGGUCAAAUCUCUGCAGAGGUGGGGCGAGAGGACUCUUUCCGAAUGCUCCGCAACAUCCUCAAGACCCGCACCCACCUCAAGACUUUCCGAACAAGUGGGGAACCUAUUCAUCCCACCCAUCUCUUUGCGCAACCAGGCCAAGAAGCCCAUGAUAGUUGGGGUUGUAGGGAUCUCGAGUCCUUGUUUUUCUCUCUUCCUGGAUCCAUGUACGUCAAGACAAAGGAGGAACAAACGUUGGUCUGGAAUCCAAUCUACCAUCAGAUCGGUCAGCUACCCAAGCUACAGUCACUGACGAUCAUCUACUUCACUAUCGAAAAAGGCAAGGACAGCGGGAUCCAGCAACUAAUGGGGGCGACAAGUCUGAAACGGUUGGUUCUCCGUGGUUGUGAGGCGACAAAAUGGACGCGUGAGGAGAUUCAGGAUCUGGUGCGUGCUUUGCCCAAGCUUGAGAAUCUGCAACUCAAGCCUCUCGAGAAGGGUUUUUUCCCGCAGAUCAAGUCGUGGUUGUGUGAGGCUGGUCGGUCGGAUAUUAUCUUUGGCGACCAAUAA